AUGCAGGUCAAGGUAGGUCAGAGGUCAGAGGCUAGGUUCGGAGGUGAGGUUGGAGGAAGCGAACUCGAAUGCAGGUCAAGAACGCAUCUCGAAGAACGUGAGGCGGCGGAACAGCGGAGCGAACACGCCCACAAGAGGCUGUUGGAGCUGAUCCGGGUCGUGACCUCGUCUCUCAGUCUGGGUGACCUCGAUCCGAAAGACGCUCAGGAGAAGUUAUCGUCAAGGCUGGCUGAGCUCGUACAGGAAUGCGCGAGGCUUCGGAGUCAGACGCUUCAGCUGGACGAAUCGCUUCAACUGGUCGAAGGUGAAGCGGGCUCGGCGAGACAAACCGUUUCGCGUCUCGUUAACGAACUGGACGACGAGAAGCGGACGGUCGAGGAACAGAAACUGGCUCUGACUGAAUUCAGAAAGGAAAACGACGACCUUAGGACAAGACUGCGCGCUCUGGAGGAGGAGGUGAAGAGUGUGCGGGAGAGAUUGCACAACACCAACAAAUCCUACAAUGCAACACUGGAGGAAUUGCACGCGGCCGAGAAGCAGCUGCAACAAGCCAAAGACGAAUCCGUGGUGUCCGAUCACCGCCGUCAGCAGAGCGAGGUCGAGAGCCGUGGGUUCCUGACGACGGUGGCCGCCCUUCUGUCGACUCCCGAGCAGCGCGUGGCUCCCGACGUGCAGGCCAUUAAUGACAGGAUUCAGUCGCUCGUGGCUGCCAACAGGGAGGCGGCGGAGCACAUGGAGCGCCUCACCUCGCAAGUGACGAGUCUGGGCGAGCAGUCGAGACGCCAAUCCGAACUCUACGAAACGGCAGUGAAGCGCGGGCGGCAGUGCGAGGCGGAGGUGCACGCUCUCACCACCAGAGGGAGGCAGCUGGAGGCCGACGCACAGACGGCGGAGGCUGCGAGGGAACAUGUGGUUAUAGAGAAGGAGAAGACCGAACGCAUCUUGAACCGUGUCGUCGAGGCUCUGGGACUGAUGGAGAUGGGUCAGGAGGUCACCAAUGACGUCGAGAUGAUCAUCUGCCGAUGUCAACAGCUGGCCAAGCUCGAAGGGGAGAAGAUCGUGGACAAAUUUAGUAUUGAUCAUUCUGGGUCAUACCUGAAGUGGCAGAGGUUCGAGUCCUUAUCAAAGAGGGUAUUUACCUUUUACCCAAACAACUCCUACAGUAUUAAUCAUUUUGGGUCACUAAUCGAAGUGGCAGAAGCUCGAGUCUUUGUCAGAACGACCACCGUGUACCAACUCCAGCGUAAGGUCAAGAGUCUGCGGGAGGCGGUUGACCGGAAGGACCUCCACGUGGACAUGCUGCGUCGGAAGCUCGCCCUGACGGAGGACGCUGCCAGGGCCUCGCGGCAUCUGGAGGAGGAGAGAGAUGAACUGAUUGCUAAGUACAAGCGCCAGUGCCGGAUGGUCGAGCGACUCAAUUCCGAACUGGGCGAGACUCGACUCCAGCUUCGAGACCUUCAGGCGCAACUCGCUGACGCUGCGGAGGAAAAGGAUAAGUUUUUCAGUAUAUGA